UCAUUCUAUGACAAAUAUUUGUCAAUUGUUUAUUGUUGUAAUUUGACAAGUUUCAUAAUAAGCAAGAUUUUUAUUAGUUUAGUGACUUUAGUUUUUAAUUUUAAUGCUAAGAUAAAGAUAGGGAGCAGUAAACAAACAAUAUGGAUUUCCCUGCUACACCAUCAAAUGCUUCAGACAGUAAUGAAUAUCCAGGAACUACCCGUUCGCCGUUCAAUAAUGCGCCAGAUGACAAUAAGAGGCGUAGCUCAUCGAGAUCUAUAAAACGUAGGCGAUUCGACGAUGAGUUGGUUGAAUAUAGCGGUUUGCCUGGGGCUUCCCUUGGUAAAGGUGAUAAAAGGAUGCGGACACAGUCGUAUACUAGCCAAGUUUCCGAGGUUGCUGCUCCGAGUGCUCCUCCAACACCCGCUCCUCCGCCUCAGGAGCGCCGUAGAGCUUCGAGCAAGAUCUCCGCUGGCGGUGUUAGGCGCAAGGCUAGGCGUAAGGGCCAGCUAAGUCAUAUGUCCACUAAGGAUCUUGGGCGCUGGAAACCAACGGAUGAUCUUGCUUUAAUAUUGGGAGUACAACAGACUAAUGAUCUGCGAGUAGUGCACCGUGGCGUGAAGUUCACAUGUAGGUUCACAGUCAGUGAACUCCAAUCUCGUUGGUAUGCACUCCUGUACAACGCUGAAAUCUCACGAGUGGCUGUUGCAGCUAUGCGAAACUUACAUCCAGAUUUGGUCACAGCAGUGCAGCAGCAAGCAUUGUAUUCUACUGCGGAGGAAGAAUUACUGGGGACUUUAUCAAGUGCCCAUGCACAGCCAAUAGAACGGUUCCAGGAGUUGCUAGAGCAGAAUCCGCAUGUAUUCUAUCCCUCAAGGACACCUAAGUCUUUAAUGGCACACUAUCAACUGCUGAAGCAUUACCAUCUGUUGCCAGAUCAAACUGUACAACCAUUGCCUAAAAAUUCAGCCGAUAGAGUACUGACAUUCUCUGAUGCAGAGGAAACCAUAAAUGAUUCAGAAUUGACAGAUUACCAUGAAGAUGGUAUUGAUGCGGAAAUGCAAAUAGCUGACAGGGUUGACAAAAAGAACAUUCGUCUGCUAGAGACGUCGCUGACUCGCUGGCAAGUGUUGGUGCAGUCUCUCGCCGGCGGCAACGUCGAGCUGGACAAGAACACGCUCGCCGUGUUGCGCGGCAGGCUCGUGCGGUUCCUCAUGAGGUCACGAGAGGUAAGCCGUGGAAAAUAGACUAAAACUGCAUGCAAGAACAAUGCUAUAAUGAGUGUUCUUAAAUAUAAUAUUGGCCUUUGCGAAGAACAAUAGGGAUGACGACGUUUUUUUUUCAGUCUUGUCUCGUAGUUCAAUCCAUAUAAUGGAUACGUAUUUUUUAUUUUGCCCCGCAAUCAUAUAUGGAUCAGAUUACAGCGAAUGAAAAUUACGCUUGACAUCACGAUUGUGUAUAAAUUAUAAGAAAUCGUUGCGUCACACCCCCUUUCCUAA